GACAGUGACUGAGUGUCUUUUAUGUGGUGACUGAUGAGCGUGCUGAUUGAGUGCAGGUGCAUGUGAUCAGUUCUCUGGUGAGGGAGUGUGCUGUGAUUGGACGGUGUUGGAGCCUGGCGUGACACUGUGCUGGUUCGUCGUCAUAUUUUCCCUUGUGUGUGUUUCCCUCAAGUCAAGAAGUCCAGUCUAGUCUUGUUUUCCCCUUUGGGGUAGUUUUCGUUGUUUUGUUUUAUUUUUAUUAUUAAUAAAAGCCCAUUAUUUCUUCUGAAAUUGGGUCCUCACUGCUUCCAUCACCCCACAAACCUGACAUCAUUAAUGCUAAAAUUAAAGUUCCCCUUUUAUGCUAUUUUAAAGGUUCCUAUUUUUGUUUAGGUCUCCUAAAACAGGUUUACAUGCAACAAAGGUCAAAAAACACUUUGAUUUUCUCAUAAUAUCACAUCACAUUUUUCAAUUUUUAAGUUAGUCAUACCGGUUUGAAACAAAAUCAGACUAAAUGAUCGAUCAUUUUGGGGUGAACUAAGUUUGUGUCACAGAACAGAUUGUGUGUUUCUUCUUUUUUGUCUGACCUUUAGAAAAUGAAUGUGAAUCAUGUUUGUGUUUUAUAGUGUGGAUCAUUGUGGAGAGUUCAGAAGUACAGCAGAACUACAUAAAUAUGCCUGUGAUCUCAGACUGGAUCCAAACACAGUAAACACUCGUCUCAUUCUGUCUGAGGAGAACAGGAAGAUCACAUAUGUGGAAGAUCAUCAGCCAUAUCCUGAUCAUCCAGAGAGAUUUGAUGUUAUUCCUCAGGUUCUGUGUGGAGAGUGUCUGACUGGACGCUGUUACUGGGAGGCUGAAUGGAGUGAAGAUGUUAAAAUAUCAGUGACAUAUAAAGGAAUCAGCAGGAAAGGACGGAGUGACUGUGUGUUUGGAUUCAAUGACAAAUCCUGGAAUCUGGACUGCUUUGAUGAUGGAUUCACUGUCUGGCACAAUAAGAACUUCACUAAGAUACCUGCGAUCCAUUCAUCCUCUAAGAGAGUAGGAGUGUAUGUGGACGUGUCGGCUGGCACUCUGUCCUUCUACAGCAUCUCUGACACACACACACUCACACACUUACACACAUUCAACACCACAUUCACUGAACCCCUCUAUGCUGGAUUUACAGUUCAUGAUAAUUCCUCAGUGUCUCUGUGUGACAUUAAACAACCUCGUGUGAGAAUCAACAGUGAUACACACACAACCGGGGUCUCUGACUCCAAACCUUCUGGGCUCAAUAUUCACCCACUGCUGAACUGUCAGUCUUGUGUCCAUAUAGCUGAUUCUGAUCAGUGGGUUCAGAUUGAGCCGUCGGCCUGUACAGAUGAAGGAGGGUCAAAGUUCAGGGUCAGCACUGACCCAGGCCGUUACGAGUGUGUCAGGACCAGAAUGCGAUGGGUCUGUGACUGUGACGUCACCCUUCAGUACUGUACCGUAGACGGACACUUCUUCAACACAGAGCUGGAGAGGCUGCAGUGCAACCGGAUCGGUCCAGUGAUUGACGUGAUGGUGAUCUCAGGGAAACUGGAGGAAGUUCAUCUGCCCCAUUACGCCUGUUUAGGAGAGUCUGACCCCUCUCUCAAAGAUGCUGUGAAAGUCCUCACCGUAAAAGAAGAGGGAACAACCACAGAACCUGUGCAAUUGACCCGAUUCCAUGCUAAGAUUCUCCAACCAUCCUUCUCUCCCAAAACACCCUUUAUUUGGAAAAGUUGGAAAAAGCGAGUGAAUUAUCACUGCGAUCUUCUUCUCUACAUGCGUUCUAAAGUUCCUCUCAUUCUACAUGUCUACUUUUUUCCAUUUGAUGAUUGUGCAAAAGAAAAAGUUGAGAAGGAUGAAAAGUCAAGUUGUCCAAUCCCACAUCCCAAACCUGGCAGGGCAUUUCGGAUGAAAACACCACACAUUCUUGACGUUCCUGGUGCCUUGACUAUCCAUCCCAAAGAAGGGAUCACACUUGGAUUAAAAACUCCACCAAACUACUUCAAGGUUACGACACGUCUGGAGAAUGAUCUUCAAAUGACUCUUAUCAGAGAAGAGAAUAAGGAGGAGGUCUGGACUGCAACAAUUUUGAAAGAUGAACUUGAUCAGAUUCAUCCUAAGAGAGACGAGCCGCGUCUGAAUAGUGAUGCAGAAGUGAUUCAGCGAAGGAUGAUUCCGUCUGUUAAAGAGCUGCUUGAAAAAUCACUGAAUGAACUACGAAAAGAUGAUCGGAAGAAAUUUCAGUGGCACUUGAAGAAUCAUGACCGUAUUUCAGCUUCUGAAAUGGAGAACGCAGAUAUGUUGGAUACAGUGGACACGAUGGUGGCGUGUUUUGGACCAGAAGAAGCUGUGAAGAUCGCAGUGAACAUCCUGAGGAAGAUGAACCAGAACCUUCUGGCUGAACAGUUGGAAAACAAGGAACAUGGAAGCUCAGACUGAGGGCGAUGUGAAGGCUUCUUCCACUUUUAAAGCUGAUUCAAAACAGAUUGAGAGUAAAUAAUGAUCACUGUCUGUACAGUGAAAUACAUAUUUACCCCAUAAUCAUAUUCAAGUCAUGAACUUAAUCUCAUGUAGGUCAAAGAACUUAGGCAGUAUGGAGGCAAAUUUCUGCCCUGCAUGCAUUGACCAUCUGCAACUCACAGUUUAAUGUGUUCUGGCCAUUCAUUUACAUGACAACAGCGAUUUGGUGACCUGAGAAUGCAAGUUUAGUAAAUUACUGGUCAUCCAGUUUUUAUAUCAGCUAUGCAUUCCUUUAAUGUUGUGAAUUGGUAAGUUUAGUCUGGGCACAAAGCUGGUGAAUUGCUGAUGUAUAUUUUCUCUACAUAAAGAAAUGUAAUGUUUUGUAAAGCUUUACUAAAAAGGAUAGUUGUUGCAAAUAGACCCCUUAAAAGUUUGUAAACAUUGCAACGUUUCCUGGUGGGCGGGGCUUAGCUGGAGGCAAAAAGAGGCGCUGGACUCAAUGUUGA